AUGACGGUUCAAUCUCUGAUGAAGAUUCAAUUUCUGAUGACGGUUCAAUCUCUGAUGAAGAUUCGGUCUCUGGUGACGACUCACUCGAUGAUGAAGAUUCACUCGAUGAUAACGACUCAAUCUCUGAUGAAGAUUCAGUCUCUGAUAACGUCUCAAUCUCUGAUGAAGAUUCACUCGAUGAUAAUAGCUCACUCGUUGAUUCUUCACCAGGAUUAUCUCCAAACGGCCUAA